AUGUUGACAGAGGGAGACGAGGUUUCCAAGAAACAGCUCAAGGUGGUCUCUAUUGUUGGAUCUGGUGGAUUAGGCAAGACAACCCUUGCUAAUGCAGUCUAUUUGAAACUUAAAGGGGAAUUCAAUUGUGUGGCUUUUGUUUCUGUGUCUCUUAAUCCUAACAUGAAGAUGAUUUACAUAAGCUUGCUCCGUCAAUUUGACAAGCACACAUACAAGGACAUCAAUGAGGCAUCGUGGAGUGAAGAAGAAUUACGCCGUGAGAUAAAAACAUUCCUGGGACACAAGAGGUACUUGAUUGUCAUCGACGACAUAUGGGAUAAAUCUGUCUGGGAAGACAACAUCAAAUGUGCUUUCUCUAAUAAUGAAUAUGGAAGUAGAGUAAUAACAACAACUCGUGUUCUUAAUGUUGCCCAGGAAGCUGGUUGUUUAUAUCGUCUGCAACCUCUUUCUGUUGUUGAUUCAAAGAAGUUAUUCUACCAAAGAAUAUAUGGCACUGAGAAUAAAACAACACCUGCUCAAUUGGUUGAAGUAUCUGAGAACAUUUUGAAAAGAUGUGGUGGAGUGCCUUUAGCUAUCCUUACAAUUGCUAGUCUGUUGUCCAGUAAAAUGGGAAGAACACAUACACAUGAAUAUUGGUGCAAGGUGCACAAAUCUAUGGGUUCAGGGCUAGAUGAUAGUCAUGAUGACGUGAAGAAGAUGAGACGGAUAUUAUCAGUUAGUUACUAUGACCUACCUCCACACCUAAAGACUUGUUUACUGCAUCUUAGUGUGUAUCCAGAGGAUUAUGAGAUUAAAACAAAAGAACUGAUAUGGAAAUGGGUCGGUGAAGGUUUUGUGGAAGAAAACUCAGAGAAGACUUUAUAUGAAGUAAGGAGAGGAUUACUUGGAAGAGCUCAUUAA